AUGCAAUCGCGAGUUAUAUUUUAUGCAUUACUUGUGGUAUUGAUUGUAUUGCAAGUAAUUUAUGCGAAACCAGACAUUUCGGGUGACAUUCCCGGGGCUGACAAAUCAAUUGGUGGCCAAAUAGUUGGCAAUGUAGUGAACCCCAGGGGAAAUGGAUGUAACGGACCAUUGGAUAGGAAUGAAGCCGUUUGUGUCAAACACUGCACUGAUAUUGGCCCCGUGAAGUCGUGUCGCCCCGAAAGCGACGGCAUAUUAGUGCUGACAAUCACCAGAUAA